AUGAUCAUCCAACUUCCCUCCUCUUUGCUGUCACUCUCCGUUACCAGGACCCAGGCAUUGGCCCUGGUUGGCAUGACAGGUCUGAAGCACAGAAGCCUCCCAGUUCCCAUCAGCACCAUCAUCCCGCAUGAAGCCUUUGAUGAACUCACUCUGGUCCACAAUAUUGCUCUCCUGAAGACAGCCGCCCCGCUCCACUUCAGCGAGACUGUGCAGCCUAUUUGUUUCCCACCACAAAACUUCCCUGUGGCUGCUCUGAAAAACUGCUUGGUUGUCGACUGGCUGCAUCCUCACACAGUCAAGACAGGGAGUGGCUCUCUACAGAAGCUUCCAGUGGUGGAUGUUGACCCCUGUCCCCUGACUAGAAUCAUGACCACGGAGUGCUGCAGCCACAGAAAAGGUGACGACGUGUCUGGAUGCCUGGGAUACCCAGGCAACCCAGUCAUGUGUCAGGCAGAGGAAACGAGACAGUGGGUGCUAAAGGGAGUGCUGACCGAAGGGGGUACAAGGUGCUACGGGCCUUUUCUCUACACCAGAGUAUCUUCUUACGGUGACUGGAUCGUGACCACAACAGCAAAAUGGGGAGCUCCAGCCUCUCCCAUUCCUGGUGCGAGACACUUUGCCUUCAGGACUCCAAUCGAGGAGCGCCAAGGGAGGUUUGAAUUCUUUGGGGAGGAGACAGCACUUAACUUCUCAGGCCCUUCUGAAGACCACCCUGGCCCUAAUCAUACACAGCAGCCCAAGGAAAGCAGCCAGGAACUCCCAGAAUGGCCAGCUGAGUCACGGGCCAAGAAGCCGGCUCCUGUCUACUAUGACUACUAUGGCGGGGAGCUUCUCCCCGUUUCUACAGCAAAAUUAGGGCAGUUUCAAGGACUCAGAGGAGUCCUGCCUAGAAGCCUCCUGCUCUGCUUUCUGGCCUGCUGGAUGAUGACAGGCUACGUUGCAGGUAUUCCUUGGACAGCUCAGAAAUGCACAGGGCCUUUUUGUACAGCUGAGAAAUGAUUAAUGCUCUUAUUACUUGUCUGUCACUUUACCCUAGAAGUCUCUUUGGGGCAAUUAAACUUCAAAGCCUCCUUAUGUGCCUCCCCUGAUGAAAUGACUCCA